GCUGUAGCCUGAAAAUGGCUGAGCAGAUUGGCGAAGAUAGAAUGGCUGUUACGUUAAAUAAUCAGUCUCAAACACAGUCAGUAAAGGAUACGGAUGUACGUAUUGAUGAUAUCAGGCCAGGACAGAGUGGUCAACGAGUUAAUUCGGACAAUGUACCUAAGAAAAAGAGUACGUUUAAAAUAACAAGUGUUACAAAGAACACGCAAAGGGGCGGGAGUGGGGACAUGACAGCUGACGUCGAUGGCGAUAGUAUGGACGAUUUAGACGAAAGUCAUACAGAAGAUUUAAAUUCAGAGGUAUUAGAUUGUUCUAAGGCUACAGAUAAUGACCCAGAUAGUCUUAUGACGCCUGGCGUUUUGACACCGGAGGAGGUGUCUAAACCCGAUGCUCAGUCGCGAUUCCGUGUUGUAAAAAUAGAAACUAAAGAACCGUUUAGGAGGGGCAGAUGGUUAUGUCAUGAUUACCUUAACACUGCUCCUGAGAAAAAUGAGUCGAAGAGUGCAGACGAAGUGCAUGUACAUUCAAAUAAUUCAAGUGCUUCUAGUUCCAUUCAUUAUGUGCAUGGUGUGGAUGAUCCAUCUAAAAACCCAUUGACAGCAGGUGCUGUGGGCACCAUUGGCCAAAGCAUCCAGACACCAGUGGCGGGUGAUGGUGCUAUAGCCUCGAGUUUGUAUAAUGCUAAGAUGGGCGAGUCAUUUAUACCAAUUCAUCCUGCAAUGCCUCAACCUAGUCAGCCAAUUCCAAUGUCUGUGACGCCAGUGUCGCAACGACAACCUGUUUCAGAUGUACAUGUCCCGUUACAACCCCCAUGUCAGCCCAUGAACCUGUCUGCUCAAGGUGGGCACGUACAGGUCGUCAAUCCCCAAACACAUCUUCCUGUAAAUGUGCAAGGUGGGUCCACAUCGCAUACAGUCACAACACCGAGUCUACCCCAGACCGUACCAAAUUCUCACACGCUGACAGGCUCUCGAAUACAUGUACAUUCAACUGGUAACGCCAACCCGUCUGUAAAUGUUAUCCCACAACCUGUUUCCAGUUCCACGGGCCCAGUGCCUGGGAUGUCAAUUCCACCAGUGCAUGCAGGCAACCCAAAUGUUAUGCAAAAUCCUCCAGUGGAUCCAACCCAAAGUCAACAUCGACCUCAGAACUUUCAAAAGACACCUGAUCACUCUGCACCUAUUCCAAUGGAUAGUAAUUCGGACAAAUAUUCAAGUGAUAUAAGUCAGUCACAAGUCGGUAGUAGUAUUCCAGGCCCCAGCAUCGCGAAGGGCAAGGCCACCAAGCCUGUGGGUGGUAUAGGAAGGCCAGAGUCUAUACAGCUCACCAAAGCUCUUCAAGAUUCUGUCGGGCCCCUUGCUGCGGCAGUUGGUGGAAUGUCAAGUCCAACUAAAGAAGUUUUCCAGUAUGAAAGUGGUUCCAACACUGUUGCCAUCGACAACAAGAUUGAACAGGCGAUGGACCUCGUGAAGAGCCACCUGAUGUUCGCGGUGCGGGAGGAGGUGGAGGUCCUGAAGGAGCAGAUCAAGGAGCUAAUGGAGCGGAUCACUCAGUUGGAGUAUGAGAACGGGAUCCUGCGCGCGGCCGCCACGCCCGAGACCCUCGCCAAACUGGCCCAGCCCCGCUCACAGCUGCCCCCCUCCACCUCCUAACAUUACUGGUGAUGAAGAAAUAUCACCAUGUUUCAUUCAUAGUUAUACCCUCGCCCUCCCCGAGCACGCAGCACUUGGUCCGCUGACACCUGCAAUGAUGACCAGGCAGAACAAGAGAGAAAGAAAGAAAGAGAGAGAAAUACAAAAAUCUGUUUUCAAGACAUCUGCUCUGCUAGGACUAUUCUGUGGUCCAGUCAGUAGUCUAAGAAUCCAGCCAGUGGUGGAUUUGGAAGAUCCAGUCGAGUUGUCGCUGGUGCAUGUUGCUGUGCUUGGUCACUUUAAUCAAAUGAAAGACAAACUCUUUGAUUGGUCAGGGAUCAGAUAUAUUCGCUUCUGAUUGGUCAGGGAUCAGACAUAUUCGCUUCUGAUUGGUCAGGGAUCAGACAUAUUUGCUUCUGAUUGGUCAGGGAUCAGACAUAUUCGCUUCCGAUUGGUCAGGGAUCAGACAUAUUCGCUUCUGAUUGGUCAGGGAUCGGAUAAACUAGCUCCAGAUAGGUCAGUGAUCAGGCAAACUUCCGUCUGAUUGGUCAGGAAUCUGAUAAAAUUCUCUUCUAAUUGGAUGGGGAUCAGACAGUCUUUUCUUUUUGAUCAUGGAUUGAAGAAACUUUUAUUGUUUGGAUGGGAAUGACAAUCUGUUUUCGUAGGAUGACAAAACGUGCUAAUGUAUGAUAGUUGUACCUAUUUGGCAAGACAUUCAAAAACAUGACAAUACAUCUUAUGAACUGAUCCAACACAAGCUUAGUUGCUUUAUUGCCAUUUAGGUCACAAUAUUCUUUUGCACUGUCAUAUUUGUGUGAUCGAAAUAUGCAAAUGAUCCCAUAGAUACCAGAAUAUUUCAACUUUUUUUUCUUUUUUUCUUUUUUUUUUAUUUGAAGGGGGGAGGCGGAGGGCUUGUUUGUACUUUUUAACAUACACAUGUAUUUAAUCUCACCUACUUGCUUGAUCAACAGCCAGACUAGGAAGAGCUGAACUAGAUUUAGUCUUCCUGUCUUGAUUCCGAUUCCAGGAAGAUCCUUACACUAACCCAGACAGUUUCAAGUAGAAAUGUCAGUAUUCACUGAAACGUUCAGUCCAAGUUCACUUACAAACUAUACUGUACAAUGCUCGGAAAUGGUCGACGGCAAAGCGCUUUGUUUGCCUAAAAUAUACUCCUAUUAUGACUAUAUGUACCGGGUUGUUCUUUGUGUUUAAAUGAAGGAGGCUGCUCAUUUUAAGUAGCUGACUGUGCAAGCACCGUCUUAAAACCUGGGCAUGUGCUUAUAAAAGUUUCAGAGAGUUCAGUCUCUAUCUGUAAUGACAUCACGCGCAUAGAAUUUGUUUGGCGUUAUCAUGGUAUUAGCGUCUCAGACUCUUGUUAGAUACUCGAGUCUUGAUUUUAUUUUUAUAAGCACCAGGCCUGAUAUAUACUCAAAAAAAAAAGGGCAUUAUUAUCAUAAAUCGUCAUACAGUAUUUGGUUGCUAAGGUAACAGUGUUGAAUGGGAACGGAAAUGUGAUGCCACUUGUGUAAAGCAUGCUCAACAUGUCCUUUUCCCCAUCAGUGUGAUCCUCUUGCUAUGCAUCGUAUGGAAGUCGAGAUGAUAUUCGGCUACAGUUUUUAGUUUCCAUCGCUGCGAAAGUAUUUGCCAUUUUCUAGCGUUGUACAGUGUAGAAAAUAAAAGUGUUGGGAUGUUCCUAUGUAGUCGAUAGUUUUGCCUGUCUGCCUGUGAUAAAUGUUUUAUUGUUAUGUGGUGCUCAAGUGAAAUAGGAGUUAUCUUUAAUAGUAUAUAUUGGAUUGGUGUAUAUAUGUGUGUACAUACCUGUAGAUAUAUAUUCAAAGAAACAAAUCCUUGUUGGAAAAAACAUGUAUAUUUGUGAAUAAUUACUACAACUCAUCUUCACUAGUAGGUAUUGUUUUGAACUUCUUCUAAGUUAAUCAUUAAUUUUAAAAAUUGAAAUGUCAUAUUUUAAGCAUGUGAAGAAAAAACUGGUUACCAAUAUUGUUGACAAACCAAAAAUAUAUGUGCAUGUAUAUACUGCAGUAGUGAAGAUGCUGUUUGCUAAAUUGCCAAUUAGAUUGAAAGUUAAUCUGACAACUAUAUUUUAUAAAGAAGUUGCCACAAAAGAUUAAUGUGAAUGCGACCACCUUAUCUGUUUUCUUGAGUCUUACAAAUGAUCAAGAAAAAUCAAAUUUAUGUAAUCAUCACAGUUUUUCAAAUAGGUAAUUUCUCUCCUUUUUUUUUCUUUGUUUCUUUUGUGGGAGUGAUGUGGGGUGGGAUUUAAGCUUUAAUUCUGUGAAUUGUCAAAAAAAUGUUGGAUGUUUGUAUUAAUUUUUACAUUUCAUUGGAAUGAGUUAGUGAUGUUUUUAUGAAUGGGUGGUACAGAAAGUUUUUUUUUCUUUCUUUUUUUCUUUUUUCUUUUUUUUUAUCUGGGUAAAUAUAUGACGAUGCAUAUUCAUUUCAAUGAAGGAGCUGAUUGGCCACAUUGGCCGUAUUUGGGAUGCAGUGUAAUAAAGAUAUAUUAUCUUUGGAUUAUUCAGUGCUAGGGCAGAUUUGGGGGGAGGAGUGUGUGUGUUGGAUCAUCAUUUAAAAAAUCCAUAAUUUAAUAAAAGAGUCCAUAAUUUUAGCAAUGGACCAUAUUUUCUUGUCAGUACCAUAAUAUGUUUUGUGUUCUUUAAAUCAUGUUAAUACCAAAAACAAUUCAUUUUUUAUGAACUCUUGGCAAAGAAACUAUUAAUGUUAUUUUGAAGUUAACUUGUACCAAAUUUGCUAAAAAAAAAAUAAAAAUGGAUUCACCAUGUUUGAAAAUCAAUUGGAACCAAAGCUGAUUAAGUAAGGCAUACAGCAAUCAGUGGAAGGUGAUGGUUGAAAAUUGGAUUCUUUCAAGUUACUUGUGGUCUAGUAUGCUGCCAGCCACCAAAAAUAAAUUUUUGUUAUGAUUCUCACAAUACACAUUGACCAGUAUACCUUUGGCAGGCUACUUUGAUCAUUGGUAAGUUUUUAGGGCCAGAACUGUUGUGUUGAGAAGGUCUACUCAAGCACUGAUCAUGUCUUGGACAAUGUUUGAUCAGUUUGGUGUUCUUCGUGGUAGCUAUAACCACUAGACUACAUGUGUUCUGUGUGCUCACUGCUUUUAAUGCAGAGUUUUAAUUUACCACAAUAUAUUGUCAGCAGUUUGGUAUAUUUUAUAUGAAAAUGUGCCGCAAACUUUUAUCAAAUGAAGACAAAACAUUUCAAAGUCUAUCCAAUAAUUAUGUAACUUUAAUUUUGUUUUAAUCUACUGGUAACAUUUCUUAAUUUCUACCCCUGUAUUGAAAGCGAAGACCUCGGGAUAACCAGGGUUGCUUUAUAGCAUUCUAAACUAGAUGAGAAAUACAUGGCCUGGAUCUAUUGCAUUGUAUUCCAGUGGUGUAGGAACACAAAUCACAUCUAGUCGAGAACCCUACUGAGAACGUGCGUUAGACAGGGAGAGUGUUUCCAGCUGUAUGUGAUUUAGGUUUUAGUUGUAAAUAUUGUACAUAGACGGAAUACAUCACUGUGUGCAUAAUUGACAAGCUUACACUUGCUGAUCCAGCAUCGGCAGGGACUUUCAUCAAUUAGUAGGGCUGCUACAAAUGAAACCCAGUGUCCUAGGAAUUAGAUUCGUUAGUCGGUCAGCUAUCUGCAGCCUUUGUACUUUAUUUCUAGGUCAGGACUGUGCUGUAAAAACAUGUUUAUCAAACAGUUUUAUCGUUAUGCAGGUUUUAUCUUCUUAUUUUGUUAAACUGAUUUAGGGCAGCAUAAACCAAGAUAAAAAAUAACACUGUCAUGUUACUUUAUUUUAUUAUUUUAAUUUCUUUUUUUUUUUUUCUUUUUUUUAAAUUAAAUAAAUGGAAUGUCAACAUUUCCAGCUAGCACUUCAAUUUUUUUCAUUCUAUUUUGAAUUUGGGAUUAUGAAAUUUAAACUAAUUGCAUUUUUAUUUAACUCAUUUCAUGAUGCAAUUUUUAAAAAAUAUAUAAAUCAUUGUAAUGUCUGUGUUUAAUGGGGGUGAUUUCAGUUAAACUAGUAAUCAUACAAAUUAAAGGAUAUUUUUUUGUCUGGAGAGAAUAAAGAAUAGAAUCAGAAUUGAUGACUGGUUGGCAGAGUUUAAAAUGAUAGGUUAGAAACAUUGGCCUUUUCAAACAGGUGGUAGUAUGGCCACAUGGGACAAAUGCCCAAGUAGAUUUUGUUAGCCUACUAAAAGAUGGGAAUCCCUGCCUGCUAGGACGAAGUGUGUGUCAUGUAUUUGCUUUGUAUAUACGUCAUCUUAAGCCUGUGAUCAUUGUUUUUAACAUCUUUAAUAGGGAGGGAAAUAAUGUUACAUGUAUUAUGCACUUUUAGAGUUGUACAAAACUAACAACAUAGAAAUGUAUUGAUGUGAUGAGUAAAAUGACUCGUACAGUAUUUUUUCCUUCUUCUGCACUUCAUUUAUAUAAUAAGUAAUAAAAGAAUUUAUAUAAUAAGUAAUAAAAGAAUCCACAUUUCAUUGGUCAUAAUUUAUAUAAUUAGUAAUAAAAUAAUCCACAUUUCAUUGGUCGUAAUUUAUAUAAUUAGUAAUAAAAGAAUCCACAUUUCAUUGGUCAUAAGUUAUACAAUUAGUAAUAAAAUAAUCCACAUUUCAUUGGUCAGCUAGUACACAACAUUUCAUUGGUCAGCUAGUACACAAUGUUUCAUGUGUUUUAAUGAUCAUGUCGUACAUAACUUUUCAUUACUUGGUGGGAGAGACAUUUUAAACUUCGAGAAGAAAAAACAUUUAAAUAAGAGGCAAACAGUCUUAAUUUUAAAAAGUGUCAUCUUUAAAUACUUUAUUUCACACAAAUACAUGUACAUCCCAAUAUUUAUACUGUUUCAACAAAAAUCAUUGGUUAGCUUUUUGUUAAAGAUUGAUGCUAAAAAGCAAAUGAUUGGUGAAUUUAUGUUUUAGUUGAGUAAAUUUAACAUGUAAAUUGUUGGCUAAUUGUGUUACCUCAUUUAUCAUUAAUUACUUACAUGCUUUCCCUGGUCACACUAUCCACACAGACAAUCAGUGAAACGGGUGGAAACUUACUAGUUGGACACUUAAGGCGAGUUGACGUUGUAGUUAAAGCACAGUAAAUACUGUUGGUAGAAAAGUGUGAUAAAACCAUUCAUAGUCCUAUCACAAGCAGAGAGAUAGCAUGCCUAACAUACUAACAAAAUCUGGCCGGUUUUAUUUUAACUUCCAUACAAGAAACCUGGGCCUCUGUUUACAAAGCUUUUACGGUCCAGACUCCCAUCUCUUAUGGCGUAACAUGCAUACAGUUUGUAUGGCCUUGUUAUGACAUUGGUGUCACAGACUCAAUCUCUUAUGACGUCCCAUGCAUACAGUUUGUAUGGCCUUGUUAUGACAUUGGUGUCACAGACUCAAUCUCUUAUGACGUACCAUGCAUACAAUUUGUAUGGCCUUGUUAUGACAUUGGUGUCACAGACUCUAUCAAGAGUCUCGAGUCUAGACUCUAAAAGUUUUAUAAGCACCAGGCCAGGAAUGCUUAGAAGAUUAUCAGGUACCGGCCUCGGUGGCGCAGUGGUUAAGCCAUCAGACUACAGGCUGGUAGGUACAGGGUUCGCAGCCCGGUACCGGCUCCAAGCCAGAGCAAGUUCUUAAUGGCUCAUUGGGUAGGUGCCACUACACUGUCUUCUCUUCCACUAACCAACUAACAACUAACCCACUGUCCUGGACAGACAGCCCAGAUAGCUGAGGUGUGUGCCCAGGACAGCAUGCUUGAACCUUAAUUGGAUAUAAGCACGAAAAUAAGUUGAAAUGAAAUGAAAUGAUUAUCAGGUUACUAGUGGUAAGAAUUAGCCAGAUUAAAUCCUAGUUUCGUGUUUGAAACCCAUCAGUGCUUUGACAUUGGUGCUGUUAAAGGAAUUGAGUGUAGUUGGCACAGUGUACUUCAUAAUGUGAUAGAGCAGAGCUCUGCAAUGGAAUAUUUGUUUAUUGCAACCAAUUUCAUCUCCUAGCUGCUAAUAGAAAAAGGUGAUAGAUUUUCUCAAAAAAACAACAUUUAUCAUAGUUUGAUACUCAUUAGCGAUGUAUUUUUCAUGCUGGGAUGUCCUUAAACAUUCAUUCAUUCAUUCUCAAAAUGUAAAAAAAAAAAAAAAAAAAAAAUUCAGAAUUCUAAAAGUUUGGAUGUGCAAUAGCCGAUGAUUAAUCAAUGUUCUAAUUGUGUCCUUAAAAUGAAAUUGUAUCCAUUCUUUUAUUUUGUUUUCUUUAUUUUAUUUUUGUUUAAUUUCUUCCCAAGGAGUCUUUUUUUUUCUUCCUGUUUGUUUAACUUUGAAAAUUUGUUUCAAGAAAUCAAUAGUGGAAAUAUUAUAUGGGCAUUAUUUACAAAUGGAUCCUCUCAGCACAAAUUUGACAUACGGUAUAUAUAUGUAUGUUAGUCUAGCUGGAAAGUCGUUUUACAGUCUACUCCAGUCAUUGUCUAUAAUAAAGAGUUGUUUUAUGUGAUGUAUGUCUUACAGAUCUAGUUAGAACAUCAACAUCAUCACACACCCAUUCAGUCUAUGCAUUGUUUGUGCAGAUACUAAUCUUGUGAAGCCCACAGGAUUGUCCGUGUUAUGAUUAUGAUAUUGAUUAUAUAGUCUGAUAUAAUUUUAAAAAGUAAAUAAAGUACAUCAUUUUUGAAAGACAUCAAUCACUUAGUACGUCAUGGAUGCUUAUUACUAAAUUCAAGUCCAUAAAUGAGUGAUGUUUUUGUGAUUUUUUUGUUGUUGUUGUGAUUUUUAAAAUAAUUUGUUUUCAAUGGGAUAAUGUAUGAAUGUUAAUGUGGUUAUUAAUUAUUCUAUAAGUGUGCAUAGCUUAUAUGGUAGACUUAUCCUGUGGUAGUAUUCGUUGGUUUAUAUAAUCAAUUACAUUAAUAUUUGAUACACUCAAAUUUUGUAGGGGUGGCGUAAAUAAAAGCAAUAUUUUUUUUUAAAUCAUUCGGUUUGACAAAAUUUGGUAUAUAAGCUAUUGAAAUGUGGUCAUUCUGUUACAAGCUCAUUAAACAUCUAAAAGUCGUUAUAAAAUGUGCAGAAUUUCAGUGGAAUGUUCAUAUCUUUGUAUCAAUAUAUACAAAUGUAAAGGUUGCUGUGAUGGUUGAGUUUUUCCUGUGUGAACAAUGUAUACAUUCCAGAGUCAGAACAUUUGUAAAAUUUAAAGCAAGUGUGGAAUGAAAAGCAAUUUCAUUAACUUUCAAAGAUAUUAAUUUACCCACAAACAGUUAGAAUUUUAACCAUUCUCAGUGUGAUGUUUUUAAUGUUAACAGAUGAAGAGAAGUAUAUAUUUUUGUAGGUGAUUAAAGAAAAUAAUAAUAUUAAUUGCUUCAGCUAAGCAUCGAGUCGGUGUUUGCGUGAUUGUGCUAUAACCUGUAGUCAAAACUGAAAUGCUGUAAUAUUUUGGCAGAUAUGUUGAGUGGAGAAGGUACAAAUUUACGACAACGUGUGUACAUAAGUUUGUGAGAUUUUAUGUUUGUUACAUAUGCUUUGAGUCAUUUGCGAAUUAAAUAAAAUCAGAGAUGUUUAA